UGCCGUUAAUAUAGAUUAUUGAGAUGGAUAUGAGAUAAUCUCAUUUAAUUGAGUGAAUAGCAUUAUACAAUAGGACUUAACUUGGUACAAGCUAACUUAUUUUAAGAAAGUCAGCAUCAGGAGGAGUUAACUAGUAUUGCAACUUCCUCUUCCUUUUUGCACCCCACUCAAGUGGAAGGAACAACAGCACGUUAAGCACUUUUUCACAAUCAAGGCCAAUCCAUGCCUCCAAAGAGAAAAAGAGAUGGGGGAAUGGUUUCUCCAGCCCGGGGCAGAGGACAAAAAAAGUCUCGCCACAACACUAGGCAGCAAAAGCCUGGAACUAAAGAAGUGAGAGAUAACCAACCCCCCUUCCAGCACCAGGAAUCUUCAGAGAGCGUGCCAGGGAGUGAGGCUGCACCAGAUUUGGGGGAGUUUGUGCCUGCCAACUUUGGCAAUAUUGGUUCAAGCACACCUGUAGGAGAUGCGGAGGAAAACAUCCAGCCAACAACUGUUCUUCCAACUCAGCUGUAUAAAUUGGGCAAGACCCCUAUAAGAUUAGACAGAGUCAUUUACUACUCACAAAAUUAUUCAGAUAAUCAUUUUUUACGGGAGGGUUUUCAACAUGGCUUUAAACUACAAUAUUCUGGUCCUAGAUCACCCAGGUUUUCAAAAAAUCUAACAAGUUUAGGCAGACAAUAUUCAGUUGCAGAGGAAAAGAUUUGUAAAGAGGUUACAUUGGGGAGAGUGGCAGGCCCCUUUAUAGAACCACCUUUUCCAACUUUGCAAGUUUCUCCAUUAGGCCUUGUUCCCAAGAAAGAUGGCGACUACCGCCUUAUUCACCAUUUAUCAUAUCCAGAAAAUGCUUCAAUAAAUUAUUUUAUCGACCCAGAACAGAGUUCUGUAACCUAUUCAACUAUAGAUGAUGCUGCUGACAUUAUUGCCAAAUUAGGUAGGGGGGCUUAUCUUGCCAAGUCUGAUAUCAAAUCAGCCUUUAGGUUGCUACCAAUUAAUAGCACGGAUUUCGAUUUAUUAGGUUUUUGCUUUAACGAUGCCUUCUAUUAUGACAAGAUGCUUCCAUUUGGGUGCAAGAUAAGUUGUGCAAUCUGGGACAGAUUUGCAUGCUUUCUGCAUUGGUUGACACAGAAUCGUUCACAAAAUUCCUCUAUUCUGCAUUAUCUGGAUGACUUCUUUUUCUGCGGCAGAGAGCAUUCCAUAAGCAAAAAUACCUUGGACACCUUUCUUUCCCUGUGCAGUGAUCUGGGGGUCCCAAUUGCAAAUGACAAAACAGUAUAUCCAACCCAAGUUCUUACUUUCUUGGGCAUCGAAUUUGAUACGGUGCAAAUGAUCAUGAAAUUACCAUGGGAAAAAAUUCAUGAAAUUAAACACAAAAUUCUUGACAUUAUGACUUUUAGAAAGGUAACACUUCAGCAACUUCAGUCCAUAUUGGGGCUUUUGAAUUUUGCAUGUAGAGUCAUAGCUCCAGGUAGGGCUUUCUGUCGACGACUAACCGAUGCAACAAUCGGCCUUGGCAAACCACAUCACCAUACCCGGGUAACAUUAGAAAUGAAAGCUGACCUCCAAGUCUGGCUCACCUUCCUUCAAUCUUUUAAUGGUAUAUCAGUCAUUACAAAGAGCAUAUGGGUCAAUAACGACACUCUCGAACUUUACACUGACAGUGCAGGGGGAGACUCGGGGGGUUUUGGUAUAUUUUUUGCAGGCAAGUGGGCAUAUGCUCAGUGGCCCAGUAGUUGGUUGGCACAAGGCCUAACCCGAGACAUGACUUUUUUAGAGCUCUUCCCAGUCCAAGUAGCUAUUGAAGUAUGGAAGCAUCAAUUUGCCAACUACAGAAUCUUGUUUUACAUUGACAAUAUGGCAGUGGUACAUGUUAUCAACAAAACAACAUCAAGGUCACCUAGGGUCAUGAAAAUUGUAAGAAAACUGGUUCUAACAUGUCUCAAGCAUAACAUCUUAAUUAAAGCAAGACACAUACCAUCUAAGCUAAAUUCUAUCGCGGAUUGUCUCUCUCGUUCACAGUGGGGCAAAUUCCGACGACUAGCACCAACAGCAGAUCCAUGGCCAGCACCACUUCCCAAGAACAUUUGGGAAAUUUAAAAAGUGAGGCAAACAGGCUUAUCCAGGGUUCCCUCUCAGUCAACACAUACAAAGCUUAUCAAGGGGCUUUUACCAGUUUCAAAAAAUUCUUGAGUAACUGUGGGAUUGCAAUGGUUUUUCCUAUUCCCAUUGACCACUUGCUUAAUUUUAUUGCUCAUUUGUCCAUUUCAGGUACAGCUUAUAGAACAGCUGCAUUAUACAUUAGUGCCCUAUCAUAUUUUCACAAAUUAAGAGGCAUACAGGAUAAUACUCAAUCAUUCAUUGUCAAAAAAGCCUUGCAGGGUCUGCACAAAAAGCGAGGUAACCCUGUAGAUCCACGAAUCCCAUUAACCAUAUCUAUUUUGCAACGUGUAGUAUCAGCAUUGCCAUCAGUCUGUAGAUCACCAUAUGAGGCAGCAUUAUUUUCCACAAUUUUUUCAAUUGCAUAUCACGGCUUGCUUAGGGUUAGUGAAGUCUUGUCUAUCCAUAGGGCACACAUUUCCCUUACUAAGAACAAUGUCAGCAUUCUAAUUCCAAGGUCUAAAACUGACCAAAUUGGAAAUACAACUACGUUGCAGAUUUCCAAACAUGCCAAUUCUGAUACUUGUCCAGUGCAAUGGGUACUCAAGUUUUUGCGGUUGCGCCCUAACAGUGACUCCACCUUAUUUUUCAUCCAUAUGGAUUACAAACAUGUAACAAGAUACCAGUUUAAUUGCAUGCUACAGAAAACACUUAAAUUUAAUGACAUUCAGGGACAUUUUAGGCCACAUAGCUUCAGAAUUGGGAGAGCCACAGAUAUGGCAAAACAAGGGGUUUCAGAUUCAGAAAUUAAAUCUUUGGGAAGGUGGGAGUCAAAUGCUUUUCAAAACUACAUAAGAUUAUAAUGUAAUGGUUUGUUGAAUGGAAUACAGGCUAAUUUGCCAAAAGUAUUCCAGGUUUCAAGACAGUUUGGAUAGUAGGAUCGUCUAUACCUUUUUGGGCUGGUGAAGAGGCACGGAGGAGACCGGGCGGAAAGAACCUCAAUCUAGGGGUUGACAUCUUUUGGAAGGGGAUAAGAGGGCUAAAAUGGCAAGACCUCGACAAACUGAUAACAGAAGAACUCAAACAUCAACCACAACCAGAUGUAUUGGUUAUUCAUGCUGGGUCAAACGAUCUAACAACAGCUGGCAAUACUGCACUUAGAUUUGCACAUGAAAUUCAAUGUAGCUUGUAUCGCUACAAUGCAUUGCUACCAAAAACUUUGCUCAUUUGGUCAACAAUGCUUCCCCGUCUUUACUGGCAUGGUGCACCUCUAGGUAAGGGUGGCGCUAAGAUCGAUCUAAAAAGACGCAAGGUUAAUAAGGCUAUUAAGAAAUUUGUUACCUCUCAAGUUAACGGAGCUUGCAUUGUUCAUGACAGAAAUAUAAACGUCCAUCAAACCAGUUUAUUUAGGUAUGACGGAACUCAUCUAGCCGAAAGUGGAAAUCAAGCUUACUUAAAUAACAUACAGGGUGGUUUGGAAUUUAUUUUGGGGGGAAAGGGCAAAAUCUUCCCUACGCAAUAGUUUGCAGAAUCUUGUCACUUGUGGUUGGUUCCUAUAACCUGUCAUUCAUUUAGGAGAUAGAUACUCUCUAGAGCAAUUGGUGGGGAACAUCAUAUCGAUGUUUGUGGCGGGGUCAAGGGAGACAUCAUCCCUGUACAAGCUUAACCUGUUGUCUCUGCCCAUCUGCAUCAAAGCAUGAGGGAUGUCUCAUGGCUGUGUGUUAACAUGGAAGUUAAAUGCCAUUGAGCAAAUGUGUGGAAUAACUGGAAACUGCUUGGGGUCUGCAGCAUUUCAGUGCUCAGACCCCCUCUACCUCUAUAAAAGGAGGAGAGGCUACAGGCUGGGUGGUGUGAAAGUUCUAAACCAGGUAGCAAGCCAGAGACAGGGUGUAAAAGCUGUGCAGCUUGUGUGCCUAGCCACCAUGCGUGUUAGGCAUGGGGUUUCCUUGGCACUCGCAUCAAAGCGAGGCCACUAGUUUGCCCAUUGGUUUAUGGUAUCCUAGUUGUCUCCCUUGACUCCUACUAAUUUUUGCGGCCAGUAUCAUCCAACACUGGUGUAUUGUGUUUUUAUGAUGUCAUUGCUCAAUAAAUUCAUGUAAAGUACCAA